GACAAGAAAGCAGCCCCUUACACGUUGUAGACAAAGCGACAACCGGUAGCCAUGAACGAACAACAACAAGUCGUGCCAAACCAAACCUCUGCCCCUCUCUCUCUCUCUCUGCUUUCUUGGUGCGGUACAGAGUGCAAAGAAAGGAGCUUUUAAUUCGAGCCACAGCCAGCUGAAAUCGAAUCAGAGAGCAAACCGUAGUUACAAAACAAGACGAGGGCAAAGGACUCUGCGAAAAAAAAAAAGGGGAAACAUUUCCAGGGUUUUAAGGAUUUGGGUGGGUACGAUACUGAUUGCUGGCAAAUUCUUCGAAUCUUCAUCCAUUUUCUUUCUGGGUUUUCCACGAAUCGUAAAACCCAGUAAGGAUCUUCGUCUUUCCUCUUCUGGGUCUCUGUUUCUUUGCGAGCUUCAGUUUAAAGUUUCCACCUUUCUUUCCUCUAACUGAUUUGAUUCAGUUUCCGCUUAGGUUUCGUUAUCCAGUUGUUUCAUUUUGCUUGAGCUGUCGAAAGUUUUUGUUUUCAAUUGCUGAAAAAUGUAUCAAGAUGAUGGAUCAUCCUCUGCCACAUCAUCGCCACUCCAAUUCUUUUCCAUGGCGCAACUCUCGCCAAAUCCUUCCAAUCUCGGCUCGCCUUAUCCAUACCUCAGAGAGCUGAAAUCCGAAGAGAGGGGUUUAUACUUGAUCCAUUUGCUGCUCACUUGUGCAAACCACGUAGCAACAGGCAGCCUGGAGAGCGCCGAGAUAGCACUUGGCCAGAUCUCUCAAUUAUCGGCACCGGACGGCGACACCAUGCAGCGCAUUGCAGCUUACUUCACCGAAGCUCUCGCCGAGAGGAUCAUCAAAGCUUGGCCUGGAGUUCACAGGGCACUCAAUGCUACCAAAAUCAAAAUCCCUUCCGAGGAAUCGAUGGUCAGGAGUCUCUUCUACGAGAUGUUCCCGUUCUUGAAGGUCGCGUUCGUGGUUACUAACCAGGCAAUUCUGGAGGCAAUGGAAGGGGAGAAAAUGGUGCAUGUUAUCGAUCUCAAUGCGUCCGAGCCUUCGCAGUGGAUUGCGCUUCUUCAAGCUUUGAGCGGGCGGGCUGAAGGUCCUCCGCAUUUGAGGAUUACAGGAAUUCAUCAGCAGAGAGAGGUACUGGAUCGAAUGAGUCACAAGCUGGUUGAGGAAGCAGAGAGAUUGGACAUUCCAUUCCAGUUCAACCCCAUUGUUGUUAGUGGCGGGUUGGAGAAUCUCGAUCCGGAGAAGCUUCGUGUGAAAACAGGGGAGGCUCUGGCUAUAAGCUCUGUUCUACAGCUGCACCCUUUCCUUGCCUCUCACAAGAACCCGAAUUCGAGGUUGCUUCAGAGGCAAGGCACGUUGGGGGAGCUGUUGCUUGAUCAGAAAGACAAUAGCUUUGAUUCAGCCUCGUCGUCAUCAUCACCACCAAUUGGUUCUCCUUCUUCUUCGCAAGGGAAGAUGGAUUGGUUUCUGAAUGUGCUGUGGGGUUUAUCGCCUAAGGUUAUGGUGGUGACGGAGCAAGACUCGAACCAUAAUGGAGCCACGCUCAUGGAGAGGCUUCUCGAGGCACUGUAUUCUUAUGCAGCUUUGUUUGAUUGCUUGGAAUCAACGGUGCCAAGGAGCUCGAUCGAGAGGCUGAAGGUGGAGAAGAUGAUGUUUGGCGAGGAGAUCAAGAACAUUGUGGCAUGUGAAGGCGGGGAGAGGAAGGAAAGGCACGAGAAGCUCGAGAAGUGGAUUCAUAGGCUUGAGAUGGCUGGUUUUGGUAAUCUUGGUUUGAGCUAUUAUGGGAUGUUGCAGGGUAAGGGGUUGCUGGAGAGCUAUGGAUGUGAUGGGUAUAGGAUGAAGGAAGAGAAUGGUUGUGCUGUGAUUUGUUGGCAAGAUAGGCCGCUUUACGCUGUCUCUUCAUGGAGGUGUAGGAAGUAGUGAGUUGGAGCAAGCUCAGUUUUAGUUUUAGCCAUUUUCUUCUCUUUCCCAUGUACUAUUUGGAAUGCAAGUAAAUUUUUGUGAUAUUU